GAAGAGUCAAAGAGGGACGUAAACUAUAGAAAUGAUCCUAUGAAGUACGUCGACAAAGAAAGGAAAGUUCCAAACCGUUAGAAAGCAGGGAGGCGAACAAGCUCCUUUUAUAGCAUGCAGCAGCGUGCAGGAGGCUUGGUGAAAAAUUUGAGAUCCAAAAUAUCCAGACAGGUUUUUUUACUAGGGCUUACAAGGGCAGGGCUCGAAACCGUAGGAAAACUGACAAAGGGGAUAAGGGUGCAACUAUCACGGGGGAAGAAGCGUAGCGAUGCCCUCUUCAAAUCCUGUUCCACUCUAAGACCCGAACUUUCUUACUUUAAUACCGGUCAGAUACUCUGGCAUGCUUUCCAAAAGGCUUUCCCGGGUUGGCGAUUCGUGUAGCUUCCAUCCGCGGCUAUAUUCUUCCCGAAUACUACAGUCACGUGAUAAAAACCUCCGACGGGCCGGGCCGAGGCACGGAGGACGGCACACACUU